UUUCCGUUACGGUAAGUCCAUUGGACGAGCACUGACGACAGUAGGUGGGAAGGGCACUUUCUGCAAUGGCACAGAUGUUUACAGUGAUUAUAUGUAUUAUUUAGUCGUGUUAUUGAUGUAGUAAUAACGCUGUCGUAUAGGUGCAAUCUUUGAGAGUAUUCAAGCCCGCUCACGCGUUUCCUGGGUACAUACAGAGAAUGGAUUAUCACGUUGCUAUGGAGAGGUGAACCCAUCAGGCGCGAAGUUGCUAUCUAGCUACCUAGAUAGCAUUGCUAACAUAGGACGUGAUAACAAUCUUAUGCCGAUAUUUCGUUGUCAUCGUCUAGAUAAGUAUUUAACAACCUUUUGGCACGACAGUCUUUGUUUUCCGUCUGGGUUGAGGAGUUUGGCGUUCUUUCGAAAUACGGAACGGUUGUCACUGGCUCCAGUACAUCAUGUGCGCUCCCUGGGCGCAAUGUUUACCAAAUUUUUUGAAUGGUCGUGAUAUUUUAUGAUUUUGGUAGUUUAUUCACACUAAUACAACUCCAUUUAAAAUGUCUAUGGAGGGAGAAAGCGACCACUCAUCGCGGGAGGAUUGGACCCUCCUGUUUUGGACCUUGCUAGCUGUCGUAGUGCCGGUGAUUAUAACAUUUUGGUGCGGCGCCCAACGCUCCAAACGGAAAUCGCACAUGAAAGAUUUCUUCCGCAAAAGCAAGCACGGCUGGCACUACACCGACCUUUUCAAUAAGCCCACCUACUGCUGCAUAUGCGAACAGCACAUUCUACAAGGGGCGUUCUGCGACUGCUGUGGGGUGUGCGCCGAUGAAACCUGCCUGCGUCGGGCGGACCGGAGCCUGGUUUGCAAGGAGAUUAUGGCCCCUGCUCAAGCGGAUGGAACUCUGGAACACCGCUGGGUCCGGGGAAACGUCCCUCUCUGCAGCGUGUGCGCGGUCUGCAAGGAGCAAUGCGGGAACCAACCAAAGCUCUGCGACUUUAGGUGCGUGUGGUGUCAGACCACCGUGCACGACGACUGUAAGCCCAGCCUGUCAGGCGUUGAGCGCUGCGCGCUGGGCGAGUUCCGCAGCCUCAUCAUCCCCCCUCACUACCUCUAUCAAGUCAACAAGCUCCGGCGCCGGCACCCUGACGAGUACAGCAAGCUGGCUUCGGCCUGUGGGAGCGGCUGGACCCCUGUCCUGGUGCUGGCCAACAACCGCAGUGGGAACAACAUGGGCGAGGCCCUGCUCGGGGAGUUCCGCAGCGUCCUCAACCCUGUCCAGGUGUUUGACUUGUCCGACCUGCCCCCCUCCAAGGCCCUCCAGCUCUGCACCCUGCUGCCCCCGGGAAGCGUCCGGGUGUUGGUCUGUGGGGGCGACGGCACCGUGGGCUGGGUGCUGGACGCCAUCGACACCAUGAAGCUCAAGGGACAUGACCAGUUCAUCCCCAGAGUAAUGAUUCUACCUUUGGGUACGGGGAACGACCUGUCCAACUCCCUGGGCUGGGGGUCGGGCUACGCCGGGGAAAUCCCUGUGGAACAGGUGCUCCGGAACGUCCUGGACGCGGAGGUGGUCAAGAUGGACAGGUGGAAAGUUCAGGUAGCCUCGAAGGGACUCUACUUUCGUAAGCCAAAGGUCCUGUCCAUGAAUAACUAUUUCUCAGUGGGGCCUGACGCUCUGAUGGCGCUCAACUUCCACACCCACCGCGAAAAGACCCCCUCCUUCUUCUCUAGCCGCAUCAUCAACAAGGCUGUGUAUUUCAUGUAUGGCACCAAAGAUUGCUUAGUCCAGGAAUGCAAAGACCUGGAUAAGAGGAUUGAGUUGGAGCUGGAUGGGGAAAGAGUAGCCCUUCCCAGUCUCGAGGGCAUCAUCGUGUGCAAUAUUGGCUACUGGGGUGGAGGCUGUCGUCUCUGGGAGGGCAUGGGGGACGAGCCCUACCCCCCUACACGACUGGAUGACGGGUUGCUGGAGGUAGUGGGGGUGUUUGGCUCUUUCCACUGUGCUCAGAUCCAAGUCAAGAUGGCCAACCCAGUGCGGAUAGGACAGGCCCACACUGUCAGGCUGGUGCUGAAGUCGUCCCGGAUGCCCAUGCAGGUGGACGGGGAGCCGUGGGCCCAGGGCCCCUGCACCAUCACCAUCACCCACAAGACGCAGGCCUUCAUGCUCUACCACAGCGCCGAGCAGACGGACGAGGACGAGGACGAAUCCAGCGCCUCCGAGGCCGAGAGCCCCGCCCCCUGCGACUCGCCCAAGCCGCUGGGCCCCCCCCCUGCUCGCGCCUGAGUUCCCAGGGAAGCCCUUCCCUGACGUUUCCCCCCUGUCUGUCCUACUUUUUUCCUGUGUUUCCAUAUAUGUUAUUUUGUGUAUUCCUCGGCUUGUUGCUUUUCCACCUCUAUCGAAGCAGCGUAGCUGAGACUCUUACAUUGUUGCCUAUACUUAUCAAGUCCUCUCACGUCUUAGAGGAAGAGACCAAAAGGGCUUAGCUCUAAAGGCCUGGGGCUAGGUUCAGAAUUGGACUUUCCUGUUAAACUUUACGACGCAUCCCAUAUCAGCCGAAGCUCAGGCGUAUUCACCCUCCAUGUAGGCCGGGAAAGACGUGGAGGGUUGACGGUUUCAGAGUGAGGUUGGGCUGUAUAUUUGCACUGAUUCCUUGUGCCAUAGUUAGAACAGUUCCGUAGGUCGUUUUGAGUGUCACAGCCCUGGUGUUUUCCACCAUGAACCCCAACCUGGUGUUCUUGACUCAAGAGGAAGCCUGGAUAGUAUAUAGCAUAUUUAUUUACACGAGUAUGGCAAACGACAGACUCUCGUUACUCCUGUAUUAUGACGAAACACUGUCACUGCUCUGUAGGCCAACUCUCCUGUUGCACGUUCUAGUGGCUACCGUCACAGGACCAUUAGUACUUAAAAUAACUAUGAGACCAUUCCUAACAAUCUGUCCUUUGCUUAUGAAGGAUGUGGUUCACCGGUUUUAUUAUAAUUUCAGUUUUGGAGUCGAAAGGAUCCACUCAGACUAAUAGUGUUCUCCUACUACGUAAUGUCUUGUUUACACCUUUUGGUGUUGCUCUUCUGCUACACUGUGAGGAAUACUCCAUAGGACCUGCUGUAGAGGUGACAUUUUACAGUAUCUAAAAACCAAGCUGCAAUAGCAGCCAGUGUUUGUAGGUAUGCCUGAAACAUUACACUGUCAAUGUUUAGUCGUGUUCAUUUUCCAUUCUGUAUCCGCUGUUGAAAGACGGACGUUUUUAUUUCUGCAUAAAAAAUAUGCUACGUUGUCAUGCUGUGUUGCACUGCUUGGUUGAACCACUAGGUGACAGUCACGUAAUAUGAUUUAUGAUCUAGUCAUCCCUGUUUCUGUGGCCUGUUUUUUUAUGAGCUGUGUUUUGCUGAAUGUCCGUCACCUGUCGGGUAAUCAUUUUGUGGCUUUUGCCAUUUUAGGCAAGUAAUGUGUCGAAGGUAAAACGAUAGUGAAAUGUUUGAAACAUACAGCCCUAAAUAAGAGUUGUAGAAAAACAUCCAGCUCGUUUGUUUUCGCAGUCUCACUGCAUGUGAUGAGGUUUCCAGAGAUCUGCUCCAGAGUCCUGACAUUUAAUAUAAAUGGCCAAACUGAUAUGCUUAAUGAAUAACAAGGCCUUAUCACCUUCACAGCAUGACCGCUAAAUUCAGGACUCUCUAAACCAGAGGCGACUACUGGCCUUUACUGUAUUGUAUUACGAGAGUAUUGUCCAAGUACUUCUGAAGGUUAUGAGGCCCAGAGUGGGCUAUGUAAUGCCAACAGUAUCAUAACAUAUAGCUGUUUUGGAGGGUCACGGAGUAUGACAUUACCCUUUGUGUGUUGUGUCGUCGGCUAGCCAUCUCAUUGCAUCAGGAUACCCAUGUGACGAGUACCUGCGCUUCUGUUUACAACAAGCCUGAAUGUUCCAGAUACCAGUUUUAGUAGCUUUACUGCAGGCAAAUUUCCAACAGUACAAGUGCUGUUGUUUUUCGAAAUGUAAUUGCAUUGCUGAAGAGAGAUUACUUUAAUUCCAUGUGCUUAGGAAAUUGUGGUUCGUGCAAGCGAAUGUUCUAUAUUGGUCGUUUACCAUUCUUAUUCAGAGCAUCUUAAAGUAGGUUAUUUGGACACAACCUAGUGGUAGUAAGAACGCUUUACUCAAUGACGUAGCUGUCAGCAAAGUCAGUACUAUAAGGAAUUGAAAUUGCAAAUUGUCUUGAGAUAUUGAACGGUAAUGGGUCAUUUUAGGCCUGGUGGUUCAAUUGUCUAUGCACACUUAAGGAUGGAAAAAUACCUUUGUUGACACAUCUUCCUUUAAUAUUUCAGUUAUACAGUAGUUUCCUGUGUAGUGUAGGAACAAUGGUAUAUCUGGAGAUAUGUUUAGUUACCAAAACAUUUUUGCAGUCAAAUCACUGUACAUAAAUGCACUAUAGCUUACUACCAAUAGCAUGUCCAAUAACCAUUGAAAUAUUGGCGUAGGAAGAGUCAAAUCAUUUGGUUAUAACAGCACUUUACUGAAUUGAUGGAAUGAAAAUAACUCUGUUUUGGUAAUGUUUGGGUAUAUAGAGGCUUUUAUUGAAAGGAAACCAUAAUUCAACAAAUCAGUUUGAAGCAAUCUUUGAAGGAAACACUCAUGGAUUUUUAUUUAUUUUCCAUAAGCACUUGCAAUUGAUCCCCAAGUUCUUUUAUUUUAUAUUUUUUGUAUUUGGUUUAAGUGCAAAUACAAUUUGUCUCAUUUUGAAUAAGUCAUAUGCCUAUUUAACUGCAAUGUAUUAUGAAAAUGUUUAUAAACAUUGCAAAACACAAAACCAAUUAAUUUUACUUCACAAUCCCAUUCCGAAAGACGACUGCAAUAAGUUGUUACUACCAUACAUUGUCUGUUACCAAAAAAGAUUUGGGGAAUCAACAACAAGCACAAGGUCUGAAAAUCACUUUCCAUUAAAGAACAGUUAAAUAGGUGACAAAAAACUGCUUUCCUGAAUUUGGUACUACAGAUUUUGAAACUGAUAAGUUUACCUGAAUGUAAUAAGCAAUGUAAAUUUAAAAACACACCCAUAAUAAAUAUUUUCAUAUUUA